AUGGCAACAAUAAAUUAUAGUGAAAGUAUAAAUAUAGAACGAGAAAAAGCAAAUUUAUUUUGCUUGAUUAAAUUAACAUUGAACGCAUUAAUUGAUCAAUCAUUAUCAGCAACUUCAUUACCGGUUCUUGAUGAUCGCAAUGCUGAUGUGACGAAUUUUAUCGUAACACUUGAACGUGUUCUUAGUUUUCGUAUGCGAGCAACUUGGUUAUCAGAACGACAUUAUUUUUGGGAUUUUAUUCGACCAGCAUGUAUUGGUUCUUGUCGACAAUCUAUCAUCGAACGUGUAGAAGAAAUAUCAAAUACGCGUAGUUUAAAAGAGAAGGGUCGAGCAUGGAUCAAACUUGCAUUAAUGGAAAAGAAGCUUUCUGAACUUUUAAAACUUGUUAUUUCCGAUUGUCAUCUUGUUCAAAAAUUCUAUCACGAUGAUUCAAUUAUGACAUCAUCGCAGGCAUUUAUUCUAUGUGAUCAAUUAGCUGGACUAAAUGCCAUUGAUUUUAGUUUUUGUUUUAAACAAGAUGGUCCAGUAAUCGCUCCUCUACUGUUGAAUGACACUGAAAUAGAUGUGAUUGAUCUAACACCAUUUUUAUGUUUUAAAUCAAAACAAAUGAAACAAAUACUUAAUAAUCAAAAUAGUAAUGACGAAAAUAAACAAUCAUCACCAAGUGUAACAAGUAAUAAUGAAUUUAAAUCAUUAAAUUCAUUGGAAUGUGAAAUGAUACCAUUGAAUAAAUAUAAACUUGAAGUUGAACAACGAAAAUAUUUUGAAGAACUUUUACAACAUCGUGAUCGAGAAUUACAACAAAUACAAAUUCGUUAUGAUACAUUAAAAGGUGAACGUGAAAGUGAAAUAAUACAAAUGGAAAAUAUUAUACUUGAACUUCAACUUGAAUUACGAGCAGCUCGAGAUGAAGCUGAUCUUAAACGUAAAAGAUCUCAACAAUUAAGUUCAACAACACCACCUAAAAGUCUUUCUUAUUUGGAUAAUCGUAAAACAAACUCAUCAUCAUCAACAUUAAUUACUGAUCGUAGUGAAAAUGACGAUAAACAAAUACAUUCUAUUGAAAAUUCAUGGGCUAGUACAGAUAAUACAAAUGUAAAUUUACUUAUGGAAAAUAUUGAUCAAAAUCAAUCCAAUGAUGUUGUCCAUCUACCACCUCAAUGCUCAAGUCCUUCGACAACCAACACCAAUACUGAUGAUGCUCAAGAUAAACUUGCUCAUAAGCCAUCAACAAAUAUUGAUAAUCAUAGUAAUCAAACAUCUACUAAAGUUAAACCAAUAUCAAGUUCGGAAAUGCUUUCAUCAUCGACAUCUCUUUCAAUUCCAUCGUCAUCAUCAUCAUCAUCUAAUGAUGAUGAUCCAGAACAAGUUCAAAGAGUAACAAGCGGUACUCUCGACGAAAAAAAAUUAAUUACAAAUGAAUCUAUUCAAUUUGAACCUAGUGAAGUAAUAACUAAACAAAUUCAGUCAAUACAAGAAGAUAAUAUAACAGUUUAA